GCGCCUGCAAGGUGGAGCUGGAGACGACCAUUUGGACAUUGCGCAAUUUAUCAAUAUUCUCUCGUUUUGGAGUUCUGGGCCAAAGAAAGUGGAGCUUCAGGGAUUUUCCCAAAUUCGCGUUCGCCAAAAACGGGGGUUUUAUUUUGGGUGUUGCUGCGCGCAGGUCAUCUAUUAAAGAUGACAUUGUUUAAAUAUCACUGACCAGUCACGCACGCGUGGUUUCCCAGCCUUGUAAGUAAAUCGUUUGUGUGAACCAUGUGUGCUUUUGGUCGCUGCUGCUGAUGGUCAUUGGAGUGUUGAAGUUGCGAGUUUCUGUGGAGUUACUGCUGAGAUUGUGCAGGCUAACAAGGAGCGAGAAGGACCUUGUGGUGCUCUGGAAAAGUGUGUGAUCUGAGUCGGAGGCCUCCAGCGUGUUUAAACGGGCAUAAAUUGGAGUAUGGUCCGGUCAACAACCUGGCUCCUGGGAGCUCUAUUGGGUUUGAUAUGUGUACUACCUCUUGUUUUGAUGACGCCCAGAACUGCCCAGUGCACGUCUUUGAAGACAUUGGAAAACAAACUCAUAGGCAGAAGACGUAACAUGAAACACAAUUUACCCAUUAAUUACACCAUCAGAGUUCACUAUGAGGAGGUCUUCAAACUCAGCAAUAUCAGCAGGCUGAGGGCGAGGGUGGAGGAUCUGGAAGACUGGGACCUGCAGGAUGUGUGGCUGUUGGUCAACCAGGAGGUGUUGAAGAGGAUUCUGAGGGUCUUGCCAGUGAGACACCCCUCCUACAAGUACACCACCGACCUGGAGGAUCUCUUCAGGAAGGUCCAGCAGGUGUUCCCACCACAGACUGAUGAGAGAGAGCCACCAGAGCGAAUAGAGGAGAUCUACAAAAGGGUUAAGGAGAUUGACUCAAAAGGCUGGAAGUUCGUGACCCCCAAAUCUCUGUUGGAUAACUGCUAUCGGACAAUGCACUGUCUCUUCAAAGACUGCUUUUCCAGUGAAGACAGAGAGCAAGACUAUUGUGGCUUACCUCACUGGCGGAAGGGCAGAAAGAGACUACAGUAAACCUGAGAAGGGCGCUAUUGUUUUCAUAUGUAUAUUUAUAAUAUAUUGUCUACUGAUGUUUAUGUUCUGUGUUUUAAUUGCGGGUUCUAGAUGUGUUUAGACAGUUGUAUGGUAUAGGGCAGGUGACUAUGCUCAAGCAGAGUGUGAUGUAGCACAUGUGAUGUAUUAUUUUAUAUAUUUUUUUGCAAUCAGGGAACACUUAUGGCUGACAUAUGUAUUAGCAACUGUUGCCCAUAAAAGUAAGAACACAAACAUAGCCAAGCUACUCUCAUCUCUGACUGUUUGUCUUUAUGAAUAUUAUAGUAAAUGUGUUUGUUUAAAAAACGUUUUUUCUCUGUUCUGUUUUUUAAAUAAAUUGCUUUAAGGUGUUUUGCUGACUUGCAGGCAUAGUCAGUGAAUUCCAGCCACUCAUUUGUUUGGCAUUAUGCACAUCAAUGCUGAAAUAAAGAUAUUAUUUGUGAAAAUCUA